AUGAUUAUGCACUCUAGUGGCUAUAAUAGUGGUACAGAAAUCGCUAAUAAUUUAAUACAAGACAUCAAUAAUUCUGCUGAUAUUUACGAUACUGCUAGUAGAUUAAAUAGAGCAAAUGAUGUAAGACAAAAUUUAUUAAGCCAACCUAUUAAUGAUUUUUUCACUUCAGGUGCUUUGAAAUCUUUUGAUGCAAAACUACAGCAACAAGAAAGCUCCUGGGCUAAUGCUACUGCUCAAUUUCAAGAAAAAGAGCAAUUAACCGCACUAGGUAGUGAAUUAUUCAGUGAUUUAUCUAGCAAUAAUAGCCUAGAUGUAGAGAAAACUUUACAAAAAUAUCGUGAAUUAUCUAGCUUAAAUGAAAAACAAAUACAAAAUAGUUAUGUUACUGCAUUAACUCAACAUGCCUAUAGUAAAGGCGACCCUAGUUUGUUAGCAGAAUUUAAUAAAAACAUUAUUACAGACCCUGACGUACAGGCUAUUGCUAAUAAAAAUGUAGAAUCUAUUAAAAGUAUAUUGUGGACUGAUGCAGUACAUAAAAAACAAUUAGAAAAAGAACAAGAAGAAAGCAGAAUAUUAGAAAAUAAAUUUAAAAUAAUAGCUGAAAAACAAAAGACUGGCGAUGUUAAUCCUAUAAAUUAUAUAGGUAGUCCAGAGGAACUAGAGUAUGCGUUAAAAAUAAAAUCGUCGGAUAUACGAAGCUCGAUCAAUUCAACUACAAGAAAUUUCAAUGCUGAUAGAUUAGCUACUCGAAUAAUUAUGGAGAGUACUCAAAGCAAUUUAAGCCCUACAGAAGCUAUGGAUUUAAUUUUAAAUAGCAAUGAUAUUGGAGCAGAAGAAAAAGCUCGAUUGAGAAGCGAACUAGAUAACUUAAGCAAAGGUGCGGAUUUGUUAAAUGUUCCUUUUGUUGCUCAAACAUUCACAGAUAUAAGCACUAAAGCCAGCGAUAUGAUAGAGGCUAUGGAUAUCGAUGAUGCUAUUUUACCUUUCCAUGCUCGUGAUUUAAGACCGCAUUUACGUACUGUUUUUUAUAAUACUAUUAGCAAUGAUAUGUACGCUCACUACAAGGAACAUGGCAACAUGCCUACUGGCAAAUCAUUGAGAGAUAUUGUAAAUAAUGUAGGUACUAGAGUUAGCGGAGAGUUAGAUAGAUUAGAAAAAUUAUCUGAAAAAGCUACUCAAACUAGACGAACAGAUAGAAAUGCAGUAAUAGAAAAAUCUAACUUAACUGCCGACGAUUUAAUACAGGGAACUGCAAGUUAUCCUUAUAAAGUGAAUUCUGUUAGUGAAGCAUCUGAUUUACCAGUAGGCACAUAUUUUAGGUUCAAUGGUAAAUUGUAUAGACGCAAAGAGCCACUUACAGCACCCACACCAACUACCACACCAACUACCACGCCAUGAAUACAAAUGAAAUAGAAACUAUUGCUACACCCGAAGAAGAAAAAGAAGAAGUAACGACUAUUGCCACACCUGAAGAAGAAGAAAAAGUAAUUGCUACACCCGUGGCAGAAGAAGUUAAUACAGCUGAAACAAACAAUAGCCUAGUAGCCUAUCAAUCAAAAAUACCUGCAAAAACAACUCAAGAUGGAUUAUUCAGCGACAAUGAAUUUAUCGAAGCUAGCAAAAUUACUUACAGUAGAUUGUAUGGUAAGGAUUUUAUUGGUAGUGAUAGUGAAGCGGUUAGUUGGGGUAAAAGUUAUGCAGCCGAUCAGCUUUAUAGUUUAACAGAUAUAGGUAAAACAUUAAGUAGUCAACCUGAUACAUGGGCAACAUUUGAAAAGGAAGCAUAUUUAUAUCUAACAAAAGCCUAUGGAAAUACAGAUUUUUCAGUGAGAGGAAGUUGGGAGUUUGUAAAAUCGUUCGCCACAGAUUGGGGCGGUUGGGGGAUGUUUUGGGCUACUACAGCACUAACACCAGAAACAAUAGGUAUAGCAGGUUUUCUAGCUAGAGAGGCAACUAUAGGCGGUAUUAUAGCUAGCGUACAUAAUGUAAUGCAACAAAAUAUAAGCGUAAGUUUUGGGCUACAAGAGUCUGUUUCUACUAGUGAAUUAGUGGUUAGUGGAGCAGAGGGAGCUGUAGGAGGAGCGUUGCUUGCAGGUACAGGCAGAGCAGUACAAAGAGGUUAUAGGAAGCUGUUUCCUCGCAAAGAUAUUCCUAAUCCAUAUAAAAUACAAAUCAUUGCAGAUGAUGUUGCUAAUCAAUCCGCAGGUAGAUAUACACCUCAACAAAUCAACAUUCUAGCAGAAAAUUUAGUAGAACAAUUGUAUAAGUUAAGUGCCGAAGAAUUUGAAAAUGAAUUAAAAAAUAGAUUGGUCGGUGGUAGUCUAACAGCAAAUGAAAGGGAAGUAGUCGACAGAGCAUUGAAAAUCUAUCAAGAAGUUGCAUUUGACGAAUUUCAGAAAGCUAUUAUUAGAUCACGUAUGACAAAUGUCGACGCAAAUACUAUUCGUGGCGGUAUGCUAGAUGCUUGGUUAGAAGAAAGUUUAAGUGAGACUGUAGCAAAAUUUAAGCUAGUUACAGAAGCUAAUCAAAACACAAAAAGAUUUAGUGGUUCGAUGAUAGAGGGCAGAAAACAACAAGUUUUAAAUUUUUUAGAGAACUAUCCCAAAUUAAAAGAUAUUUUUACUAAAACAA